GAGUAAAGGUUUCCGAACGGAUAGUCAGCGCGCCGCGUACACCGUUGACUACUCGUUGUGUCAACAAUUUUUUGUUGGAUACGUGCGGUCGGUUGGCUGCUAAAAACUUGUGAUAGUGCUGUGAUUGUGAAAUAGUACAAAUGGAUAUUCAAUCUUAACUCGUUCCUGUUUUGUGAAAAGUGGUAUAUUAAUACGUAUCAAAUACUUGGUCACGAUGAUAGACAAGCAGCUGGUGUGGGUGCGCGACCCCACGGACGGGUUCGUCCUGGCGCGCAUCCAGGAGCUGAUGGGCGAGGAAGUAGACGUACUGCCUCUGGAUAACAAGCAUCCUCGUCGAGUGUGCAGCUUUGAGGAUGUCAUGCCUGCUGGAGAUCCUGCCAAGGAUGUCGAUGACAAUUGCGAACUAAUGUUUCUUAACGAGGCCACACUUCUGAACAACAUGGUGGAGCGCUACAAAAAGAACAAAAUAUACACAUACGUGGCGAACAUACUGCUGGCAGUGAACCCGUACCGCGACCUACCAGACAUGUACUCUUCGGCAACUAUCAAGCGUUACCAGGGCAAAUCCCUGGGCGAGUUGCCGCCGCACGUCUUUGCCGUCGCCGACAAAGCAUUUCGUGACAUGAAAUCACUGAAGCAGUCGCAGUCCAUUAUAGUGUCGGGCGAGUCCGGUGCGGGCAAAACGGAAUCUACCAAGUACAUACUGAAGUAUCUUUGCGACCUGUGGGCUAAGGGAGCCGGGCCUGUUGAACAGAAGAUUCUAGACGCUAACCCAAUUCUAGAAGCCUUCGGUAACGCCAAAACAACACGCAACAACAACAGCUCCCGCUUCGGUAAAUUCAUGGAGGUCCACUUUAGCGCCAAAUACCAAGUAGUCGGCGGGCACAUCUCCCACUACCUCCUCGAGAAGUCCAGGAUAUGCACUCAGAGUGCUGAAGAGAGAAAUUACCACGUGUUUUACCUGCUGUGCGCUGGUGCUCCACAGGAGUUGAGGGCGGCGCUGAAGAUUACCAAACCUGACGACUACCACUACCUGAAGAACGGUUGUACGCAGUACUUCACGACGCCGGAGUCCGACAAGAAGCUGUCCGCCGCGCAGAAGUCGCAGCAGCAGCAGGCCAAGGGUGGCCUGCGGGACCCCAUACUGGACGACGUCGAGCACUUCCAGGCUCUCCACCAGGCCCUAACCCGCGUCGGUCUAUCAGACGCCGAGAAGAAAUCAGUGUACUCCGUAGUAGCCGCCGUGCUGCACCUCGGGAACGUGCAGUUCGAGGAGGAGGGCGGCGCGCGAGGCGGCUGCCACGUGGCGCCCGCGUCGGAGCCGGCCCUCGCCGCGGCGGCGCGCCUGCUGGGCGUCGACGGCGGCGAGCUCCGGAUGGCGCUCGUGUCGAGGCUGAUGCAGAGCUCCAGGGGAGGGAUGAAGGGGACCGCUAUUAUGGUCCCUCUAAAGACGUACGAAGCAGUGUCGGCGCGGGACGCGCUGGCCAAGGCGGUGUACAGCCGCCUGUUCGACUACAUCGUGCACCGCAUCAACGCCUCCAUCCCCUUCCAGGCCUCGGCCUACUAUAUCGGAGUACUCGACAUUGCUGGCUUUGAGUACUUCCAGAUGAACAGCUUCGAGCAGUUCUGCAUUAACUACUGCAACGAGAAGCUGCAGCAGUUCUUCAACGAGCGCAUCCUCAAGAACGAGCAGGAGCUCUACAAGCGCGAGGGGCUCGUCGUGCCCGAGGUGCGCUUCAGCGACAACCAGGACUGCAUAGAUUUAAUCGAAAGCAAGAACCACGGCGUUUUCCAUCUCUUGGACGAAGAAUCCAAGCUGCCGAAGCCGGAGUUUGGUCACUUCACACACUCCGUGCACAAGCAGCUAGGCGCCAAUAAUUCAAGAUUGCAGCUACCUCGCUCCUCCCGCCUAAAGGCACACCGAACUCUGCGAGAUGACGAGGGAUUCCUUCUGAGGCAUUUCGCAGGCGCCGUCUGUUACAAUACUAGCCAAUUUAUAGAGAAAAACAACGACGCCCUUCACGCUUCCUUGGAGUUCCUCGUCCAAGAGUCCGGUAGCGCGCUGGUACAGCAGCUGUUCCAGACCACAGACAACAACAACGCCAAGGGCAAGCUCAACUUCAUAUCCGUGGGCGCCAAGUUCCAGAGCCAGCUGUCGCAGCUCAUGGACAAGCUGAAGCAGAACGGCACCAACUUCGUGCGCUGCAUCAAGCCCAACUCGCGCAUGGUGGGGCUGGCGGUGGAGGGCUCGCUGGUGCUGACGCAGCUGGAGUGCAGCGGCACCAUCGCCGUGCUGGCGCUCAUGGAGCACGGCUUCCCGUCGCGCGCGCCCUUCCACGACCUGCACCACAUGUACAGCCAGUUCCUGCCGCCCAGGCUGCGCACGCUGUCGCCGAAACUGUUCGCGGAGGCCAUAGUGCACAGCAUGGGGCUGUCCACCUCGGACUACAAGUUCGGCAUCACGCGCGUGUUCUUCCGGCCCGGCAAGUACUCGGAGUUCGACACCAUGAUGCGCUCCGAGCCGGAGAACCUGCGCGCCGUCAUCCACAAGGUGCUCGCCUGGCUCGUCAAGUCGCGCUGGAGGAGGUCCAUAUUCGCCGUGCUGUCUAUUAUUAAACUAAAGAACAAGAUCGUGUACCGGCGGCAGUGCCUGGUGAGGAUCCAGAAGGCCGUGCGCGGCCACCUGGUGCGGCGCCGCCACCUGCCGCGGCUCCGGGGGCUCGCCAAGAUACGCGCUCUGGAACACAGCCUCCAGGACAUGGAAGCAGUCAGUCAGCAACUGAAGAAAGAAAAAGAUCAGGCUCUGAAGAACAUCGACGGUUUAAGGAACAGUAUUAGGAAUGCGUGUGGAACAAUCAAGACCAACGACAAGAUCAGCCGCGCAGAGAUAGACCAGCUCUUCACGAAGCUAACGAAGGACAUCGAAGUGCAAAUGGCGACGCUGCAGAAAGCCAUGGUCGACCAGAAGAACAGGGAAGAGCAGGAGCGAUUACGCAAAAUCGAGGCGGAGAUGCGCGCCGCCGAGGAAGCCAAGCGGCUCGAGCUCGAGCGGCAGCGCCAGGAGGAGGAGCAUCGCCGACUGAAAGCGGAAAUGGAAGCGCGGCGGAAAACGGAAGAAGCCGAGCGGCUGCGACAGGAGGAACAAGAUCGGCAGCAGGCGCUGCUGAUGCAGCAACAGCUCGAGCAAGCCGCGCAGGCUGACCGCGACAGCCGGGAAAGGUUGGAGCAGGAGCGUCGAGACCACGAGAUGGCCGUGCGGUUAGCUAAGGAGACCAACGGGCACGUGGAGGGCUCGCCGCCGCAGCUACGCAGUUUCCCAACAAUGGACACAGUGAAUGGAGAAAAUAAGUUGAACAGAUCCGAGCGAGUUAGGAUGCAGCAGGCCAUGCAGGGCAAGCAGAAACACGACUUGUCCAAGUGGAAGUACUCCGAGUUGAGGGACACCAUCAACACGUCGUGCGACAUCGAGCUUCUAGAGGCAUGCCGACACGAGUUCCAUCGGCGCCUGAAGGUGUACCACGCCUGGAAGGCCAAGAACGCGCGCAAAACGACCAUGAACGAGCAGGAGCGGGCGCCGCAAAGCAUCAUGGACGCAGCCAAGACUCCCCGCCUGGCAGCCAAAGGCGACGUGCUCGGGGCGCGGCACCGCUACUUCCGCAUCCCCUUCGUGCGGCCCGCGGCGGCCGACCGGCGCGGCUGGUGGUACGCGCACUUCGACGGCCAGUACGUCGCGCGCCAGAUGGAGCUGCACCCCGACAAGGCGCCCGUGCUGCUGCAGAGCGGCGUGGACGACAUGCAGAUGUGCGAGUUAAGCCUGGACGAGACGGGGCUGACGCGCAAGCGCGGCGCCGAGAUCCUCGAGCACGAGUUCGAGCGCGAGUGGGCGCGCCACGGGGGCGCCCCCUACCACAACAACAGAUAGGUACCCAAUAAUCGUGGCGGACAUCAAGAAAACGUGACAUAAACAGCGAAACGCAACGUAUCAUAAUAAUUUAAUUAACAACUAAUUCUAUCUUAGUAGAAUUAGUAGAGUACAUUAUAGACCUACACAAAACUUAGUGCUUUUCGAUGUGCCUUCACAGGUUCCUAGUAUCAUAAACAUCAAAGUGCAAUAAUUAGGCUUGGGAAUUUUUGUAGAACACUGUAUCGUAAGAGCCAUGGAGUCUUUUGUAACAAAAUAUUUUUAAUGGUUACAUUGAUAUUAAGAAUUGAAAAAAGUAGUUAGACAUUUGUGGGUAUGUAUUUAAUAAGAUAGCCAUUAUAUGGUAAGACUAACGCUUUUCAUGAGUUAAAGAAAUCUUUAGUUAAGUAUACUGAUUAAUGCGUGAGAAAAGAGCCUCCACUUCUCAAUAACGAAAUCAAUUAUUUCAAUUAUUUCGAUCUUAUAUCUACUAUAUCAACUCCAUGAUAUUUCUGUACAACAUAUUGCUACAAAAAUUCCUUAAUCGAGCAACUUUACACAAAUUUAGAUGCAUUAUCUAGCUAUCAUUUCAUUCAAGUAGGAGAUUACAUACGAGUAUAAGUUUAUUGUAAAAAAAAAAAAACAAAUGAAUUAUACAUUAUUUGUAUCACUUUGAAGUACAAUGAAUUCAUUAGUUGAUGUUUUAAAUUACAGUGUAGCUCCUAGUUCGAAUGAAACGGUUGUAGAAAUUAAUGCAUAAAUCGUUUACAUUUGUAGUUGUUAAAUAAAUAAAUUACAUAUUACUUAAUAAUAGUAAUUUAAUAAUAGACAAAAGUAUAAAACUUAUUUCAAAAAGCUAAUAAGGUGCUGGAAAGGAAAUAGCAGCUAUUUUAUAAAAUAUAUGUGUAUGUCUAGCGGGUGAUGAGAUAAAAGAAAAUCUACUUAUACAUUUUACAGCUACUACUUAUACUUCGUGUUUGAUCAGUGUAGUUAGCGCAAUGUGUAUUAUUGAAACGUAUGAAAGUAUUUUAACAGUAUUUAUUUUAUUUGUACAUUCCUUUAAUAAAACAUUUCCCAACAAAAACGUCCAUACAUUCCUAAUCGAAGACUUGUACAACUUUUUUUAUAGUUUUGGUAUUGUUUUAUGAAGUACAAUUGUACAUAUAAUCAUACCGUGUGCCUUUUAAAGUUAUAAGCCAGAAUACUGCUAUGUAUUUAUGUAAUGUGUAUGCUUUACCAAAUAAAAGUAACGUGAAUUUGAAUAA